AUGGACUACUCAUUUUAUUCCAAUACUCAGUCACAGCAGCCAUUCCCCGUCUACGAUCUCCACGGACUACCAACACCCGAUCAGAACAACCCAGCCUCUAAUGGCGAUGAUCUCAAUGAUCCAUUUACUUCUCUAAAUUAUCAUUCAUUCGAUCCCUCCUUUCGCAUUCAGAACCCCGCCGCCCCUUCGUCCUUUGUCCCUCCACCGCACUCUCCACCUGAAUCCUUCUCCAAACACUCGGUUUCGAGCAAUGAUCUCCCCAAUAGCCAUGCGGAGCCUGGAUCUGUCGAAGGCGGCGAUGACCAACUCCAGCAUCGGAGCAGCAGCGAGGAAAAGGACAAUCUGACUCCAGCGCAAAGUAAGCGCAAGGCACAGAACCGAGCUGCUCAGCGAGCGUUUCGCGAACGAAAGGAGCGUCAUGUCCGCGAACUGGAAGAGAAAGUCAGCACGCUCGAGCAAGAAUCCACCACCCUAGCCGCGGAUAACGAACGGUUGAAGCGGGAACUGGCCAAGUACGCAACAGAGAAUGAGAUUUUACGGGCUACCACGGGCCAAUUGGCGAGUUCGCAAGGCCGUCAUCUGGACUCGGAGCCAACCGUCACAGGACCGAUGAAGUACACCCCUACUGACUUUUACACGAAUCUCGUACCGAAGGGGGAGCCGGCGCCUACGCAUCGGGUGACGAUCUGCGAUAAGACGGGGGAGAGGCUCCUCGAUGCCGGAGCGACCUGGGAUCUUAUCCAGGGGCAUGAACUUUACAAGCAGGGUCUUGUGGAUAUCGGCGAUGUCUCUAAUCGAUUGAAGGGGAUGGCUCAGUGUAAUGGACAGGGUCCGGCGUUCAGGGAAGGCCAGGUGCUCCGGGCCAUUGAGGCGAGCGCUGCGGCUGGCCGCGAUGAAUUGAUAUGA